AGUAGCUAAACUACUUAUGUUUAAAGACGGCAUCGAUGCCAAAACACUGGUGGAAUCGGAUGAUUUCAAAACAGGCAUAUCCUCCCACAUCCAACAUGAUGUCUGGGCUACACAAUUAGCUAAUUCUAGCAAACAACUGGUCACUACCCAAGACACCAUCAAGAAGGCUAUUAGCCACGGGCUCGAUAAUAUCACUUCGGUGGUGAGCAAAAAAAUACAACAGGAAUUCCGGAACCAGAAUUUCCGACGUAACAACUGGCGUGACGACGACUAUGACAGACAAUCAUAUCGCCGCCCGGAUGAUUACAGCCGGAACCAGCGUCAAGCUGAGCAACCAAUGUAUCAACCAACCAUUGGUACACCAACUAUAGCCAUCAACCCAGCCCCACAACAGCUCAACCAGCAGCUGGCAGCCCCACAGGGCUAUUGGAACCCGGCAAUCGCCAACCAACCAACAGGCUUAGUCUAUGCCUCACCUCAACCGGUUCAGCAACAACCGGUUCAGCAACGUACUGAAAUUCCGUACCGUAAUUUUAUAACAAGGGUCAGCACGGGCUACAAACCCCAUAUCUACCCGACCGUUAAGGCAUUAAAUCGGAUGCUCCGAAACCAGGUCCUUAUAAACCAAUCUCACUACAAUAUCUCUGAUGAAGAGAUUGAGGCCCUCUGCCUCGGACUUAACUUCAUACCAUCGGACAUUAGUCCGGAAGCGAAAGAAGCCAACUCCAGCAACCUUAACCAAGGUGUCAGCAAACUAAUUAGAGCAAUCAACAUCAGCCUACAUUUUGGAGAUAACUCCAGUACGAAUACAAGGAAGGGACGACUAACUAAGUUCCUCCCGAGCACUUGGGACCCCCUACCCGAUCAUGGACACAAAUUCCAGCUGUGA